CAGAAACCUGAUUUUGAACAUGCAAACCAGGUUUUAUAGAAGAUGGGAUCUGGUCAAUGGCACGUUGAGAAAAGGUCUACUUUUAGGAAUGAUUCGUUUGUGAGAGAAUAUGGUACAGUUCCAGAAACUGGUUGUCUUUCAAUCAUAGUUCUUGGUGCUUCUGGUGAUCUUGCUAAGAAGAAGACUUUUCCUGCUCUUUUUAACUUAUACCGUCAGGGGUUUCUCAAUCCAGAUGAAGUUCAUAUUUUCGGGUAUGCGAGGACUAAGAUUUCUGAUGAAGAGCUGAGAGAUCGGAUUCGUGGAUAUCUUGUUGAUGAGAAGAAUGCUGAGCAAGCUGAAGCUUUGUCAAAGUUUCUACAGCUGAUUAAGUAUGUGAGUGGCCCUUAUGAUUCUGAGGAGGGGUUCCAGAGAUUAGACAAUGCAAUUUCAGAGCACGAGAUAGCCAAAAAUAGUACUGAAGGGUCUUCUAGAAGACUGUUUUAUCUUGCACUUCCACCGUCUGUUUAUCCUUCUGUAUGCAAGAUGAUCAAGACGUGCUGCAUGAACAAAUCUGAUCUUGGUGGAUGGACACGGAUUGUUGUUGAAAAGCCAUUUGGCAAGGAUCUGGAAUCUGCAGAGCAACUGAGUUCUCAGAUUGGAGAGUUGUUUGAUGAAUCACAGAUCUAUCGUAUAGAUCAUUAUCUUGGGAAAGAAUUGGUUCAAAACAUGUUGGUCCUCCGAUUUGCCAAUCGCUUUUUCUUGCCACUUUGGAACCGUGACAAUAUCGAGAACGUGCAGAUUGUUUUCAGGGAAGAUUUUGGAACUGAAGGGCGUGGCGGAUAUUUUGAUGAAUAUGGAAUAAUCCGUGAUAUUAUUCAAAACCAUCUGCUACAGGUUCUUUGCCUUGUUGCCAUGGAGAAACCAAUAUCUCUUAAACCUGAGCACAUCCGGGAUGAGAAAGUGAAGGUGCUUCAAUCGGUGGUUCCGAUAAGCGAUGACGAGGUAGUUCUUGGACAAUAUGAAGGAUAUAGGGAUGAUUCUACUGUUCCAAACGACUCAAACACUCCAACAUUUGCCACAACGAUUCUUCGCAUACACAAUGAAAGAUGGGAAGGUGUUCCAUUUAUUCUAAAGGCCGGAAAGGCGUUGAAUUCAAGGAAGGCAGAAAUUAGAAUUCAGUUCAAGGAUGUUCCAGGCGAUAUAUUCAAAUGUCAGAAGCAAGGAAGGAACGAAUUUGUGAUACGCUUGCAACCUUCAGAGGCAAUGUACAUGAAACUAACUGUUAAGCAACCAGGUCUAGAGAUGAAUACUGUGCAAAGUGAACUAGACUUGUCGUAUGGGCAACGGUAUCAAGGUGUUGCAAUCCCUGAGGCAUACGAGCGCUUAAUUCUUGACACAAUCAAAGGCGAUCAACAACAUUUCGUUCGUAGAGACGAAUUAAAGGUUGCAUGGGAGAUCUUCACGCCGCUACUUCACAGGAUCGACAAAGGAGAGGUGAAGUCAAUCCCAUACAAACCAGGAAGCCGAGGACCGAAAGAAGCUGAUCAGCUACUAGAGAAAGCUGGUUAUCUUCAAACUCACGGCUAUAUCUGGAUCCCUCCUACACUAUAAAACCCUACAUAUAUAUACACACGAUACAUGUAUCUACAUGUAUAUGUAUAAAUUAUGCUGAAUAGUCCUCCUUGAGUUUGGUGUUUGUACGUGAAACUUACUACUUCAGCUGUACAAUUUGACCCUUCUGUCUUGUGUUUGCGAAGCGGCUUUGUAGAAACAAAAAUAAAAAUCUUACCAAUACCAUGAAUAAAUUUUUUUGUUGUGCUCGUUAAAUGAAUGAAAUUGGCUUUA